AUGCAGCGCUCGCUGUUGUCUUCAACCAACCCAGAAUUUUCUGCCCUUCGUUUUCCUACAUUCACUGAAUUUAAAGUAGAAAAUUGGCGUCUUUCUCGAGAUGGAACUGGGAAGAUAGUCAAAGGCUCAUCCAGCUGGUCCUGGCCAGACUGCAUUCCACCAGUGAUAGUAGCCUACCUCUGGCCGAAAACGAGCUUAUGGGCCCGGAUUACUAUUAUAAUGCUCGUGGCUGUUUUAGUUUGGUUGAAGUGCACUCAAGUUCUGUUCGAGUCUGUUGUAGUCUUCCCGGACCAUGGUAUACAACUAGAGACACACCGUGGGCUACCACCAUGGACGUUUUCCGUCUCGAGACGUUUCAUACCCAAAGCUACAUUGCGAGAUGUAGUUAUAAACGAGGGCAUAACGCGAUGGAACAUUCGGUACUACUUGCUUGCCAUAAACCAACGAAAGCCAGACGUUGUGGAUAUUGAACUGUUCUUUCCUAAUAUCCUUCCCCAUUUCCCGGUACUCCAGGAGGUUUAUUGCGGAGUUCAUGACAUACUUUUCAGAGCAUAGCAAGGUUCUAACAAGUUGUUGCAUAAUGAUGAUAAUAAUCCAAUCCAGGAAUCUGUAACGAUGUGAUGAUCUAGAGGGUUGAAGCUACUGUAUUACACUGAGCUGCCCUUGACCUAUGGCGCAGUACACACUCGUCACCA